AUGCGACCUCCAAGAAUCAUUAUAGCUGCGGUUUUCUUCUUAGCCACCGUUUUCCUUACAUUCUUGUCGCUGCGCUCCUCACAUCCUCCACCAACGAUAGAGACCUCGUCAACGUCGACAUCAGCACCGAAGCCUAGCGUGCGCUCGUUCUUCUCCGUCCGAACACCCUUCUCCCUCUUUCCUCCGAAUGCAAUCAUAACAUUGACGCACGAAAACUCGACCGCAUUUCUGGCGCGACCUGCCGCCUUUGGGCCAUUACUACCUACGGAGGGGCUCAAGGGACAGUUAUGGAUCGGCAGUGGGUUUGGGGAUGACAGCAUAAGGCAAGGCCCGGUGGCCGCCGCGGCCGAGGGCGAGUUAGGAUGCAGCGAUGUGCCGGGUUGGGUGGAAAGCUACACAAAAUCUGCUGCUACUGCUGAAGAUGAUGGGGAAAACGUUGCAGAUGGCAAAUCCGAGACGCCUGCAAUUAGUUCCACUGUCCACCACCGUGGUAUUCACGAGGAUCAAGGCUUUGAUAAGGCAAAGGGCCCCGAGGAUCCAUAUCCCCACGGUGACGGGAAGGCGCGGAGGCCUUCGGCAGACGAUGGCACAGAUGAUUAUCUUCACCACCCUUUCCCAAACUCAAAAAACUCGAAGGUCCCAGAUAAGCAAUCUCCAGAUUCAAAGGGAAACCACGCAGAUAUUCAGUCCAUCCAAGAGGGUGCUGAAAUCGCUGGAAAGGUGGUGCUGUUAAGUCGCGGCGGGUGUGGAUUUUUAGAAAAGGUCAACUGGGCACAGCGGAGGGGGGCCAUUGCGUUAAUUGUGGGUGAUGAUACGAAAGGCGGACCUCUCAUACAGAUGUACGCUAGGGGAGAUACAUCCCAUGUCACGAUACCAUCGAUAUUCACAUCACGAACGACCGCCCAUCUCCUCUCUUCUUUGAUUGGCCCUGGAAGCUUUCUAGAAGAUACCCUCGAUGAGAAAGGGCAGCCUACUUUGAAAGUGCACCACACCGAUAAGACUAAAAAGUCGGGAAAGAUACCAGGCUCUCGCCCCACAUUUACGCCUACAGCGGCGGCCGCCACAAGGCCAACGGCAACAACGCGGGCAGGUACAAAAGCCACAAGGAACACGCCAAUAGCGGUUGUCCCAAGACAAAGCUCGGGGUUCUUUAAAUCUUUGUUUUUUGGCUCAAGCAAAGGGAACUCGGAAGGAGACACCAGUCGGCCGCCUAGCAGCGGCCAGUUGGAUUGGGUGCUUGUUGAUGAUUGGAAGGACGAUGACACUUCGGGAUCGAAGAAGAUCCCAACAAAGCCAGCUAAGCCAACGAAGCCCAAAAAGACCAAUUCGGGGAAGACAUCAUCACAGAGCAAUAAACACGGCACCCAGCCCACAUCUGGGGAUGAUUUCCUCAUAGGUAUUCAGGAUUGGCGAGAUCCUGAUUUAGUAGGAUCAUCCGAUUCUAAGGAUACGGAGAUUAGUGGAAAAGCCGCUGCAACGAAGCCGGAUCCGAAGUCGGAUGUUACCAACUUGAAAGGAGAGUCCCCUCGCCCAACUAAGGUGGGUGGGAAGAAACAUACUGGGGGAGCUCUCCAAGAGAUUCCAGAAUAUAUGCCCCCUCUCCGGGGCGGGAGCAUUACUCCAGGAAGUGGAGAGUACGGCGCCAAAUCUUCUCCUGCUGAGAAUGAAGACAAGGCUCAAGAGCAGCCUAAAGAGACCAAUGGCAAAACUAAGGGACUCUUGACAACCAUUUUCGGUGAUGAUGAGGAGGAUGUCGGGUUUCUUUUACCUGCUGUUGGCCAGUCCGCAGCCAUAGGAGAUCAUGAGUCGUCCGAAGGGUUUAGAGCGGACGGUGGCGAGUACGAAGGCUUAUGGGUUACUCUAACGCCGACGAGCGGGGCAAGCCCGUUCCUUGAUACCCUCCUGGUUCUGGUUGUGAGUCCUCUCGUUACAUUGACGGUGGUAUAUUCCCUCCUCCUAGUGCGUUCCAGAAUACGACGCCGACGUUGGCGAGCACCAAAAUCAGUGGUUGAGAGGCUUCCAGUCCGGACUUAUCAGACCAUCAACCCAUCUGGGUCCCAAACACCACCAUUUCCAACGACAGGCAACCCGUCGGUGACCACUCCUCUUCUUCAACGAUCCGCUCCAGCACGGCCGCGGCCAAGAUCAAGGACCACAACUGGUAUACCCGAACCGGGAGACCUUAUGCGAGCCAACUCUAAUCCUUUACAAGUACCAGCCAUCCCACCACUUACUCCUGAAUUUGAAAAGCACACCGGCAGUGAGUCAAGCCAAUGGAGGAAAUAUAUGGGACAGCAAAUAGAGUGCGUAGUAUGCCUCGAAGAGUAUGUUGAUGGGGUAAGCCGGGUGAUGAGCUUGCCUUGUGGUCACGAGUUCCAUGUUGAUUGCAUAACACCAUGGUUGACAACUCGAAGACGAACAUGCCCUAUAUGUAAAGGCGAUGUCGUUCGUUCCUUGGCCCGAGGGUCCCCUUCAAGCCCGCGCUACGAGGCAUAUCAGGACGACAGUGACGGUGAUAUUCAAAUACAAGCUGCGGAGAGAAGUAAUAUGUCUUCAUCGGCAUUGCCCAUCACAGGCGGUAUAGAUGAUGAUGACGAUGUCGAACGAGGAAUCAUAUCACCAGCACCCACUAGACCUCGAGUAUCUGACCAAGCAGGGAGCUGGAGAAGUCUCCUUGCCAGUAGUCUCAGCUCAGCAUCGCGAAGCCCACGCCAGUCCCAAGAGGACCGGAAUCGCUAA